UUGAGUACAGAACAGUCAUCGUACAGAACAGUCAUCCGACAGGGGAGUUCGUCCAGCGUUCCUCAUCUUGUUACAGAUCUUUAAAUAUACAAAAACUAUUCGGGUUGUAUUAGAUGCAAUUGAAAAGUCGCGGGAACCUUUUGACUGAAAGAAGAGCAGAAUUUGUUUUGUCCAGGAUACUGACAGUGGAGUGCAGAUAAUUAUAUUAAUGCUACAAAUAUUUACUACAGUAAUGUAGUUGAGACUAAAAUAAGAAACAGUGUUGAGAUUUAGAUGAUCGACGCUUUGAAUUUGAAUUUAACCGCGGUGCUACUAAGGAUAAUAGCACUUUGCAAUCCUUACAGAAAACAUCCAAUUGACAUUGUGAAACAGGCGAGUUAUUGACAAGACAUUUAGUCAGCAUAGCUUGCUUUCUCUAAAGAUUCUCAGAAUCGAGGUGCCUGCAGACAUGGGCUCAAUCAAGCCUGGUGGUGUAAUAGCCUACAUCUCUUCUGGCUCCGCCUCCAGCCCAGAGUCCUGUUUGAGUGACAGCUGCAGCAGCGGCUACCUGUGCUCCUCUCCGCCUCAUCCCUCACUGCCAAGCCGGGCAGUAGGAAUCAUGGUGGACAUCGCCCGCCCUACCACAGCCAAGCACCCACGUAGCCACGGCACAGACAAGACUGGGCGAUCCACCUCCGCCAAGAGCAGCAUCACCAAGAUCAACGGCAUGGUGUUGUUGUGUAAGGUGUGCGGCGACGUGGCCUCGGGGUUUCACUAUGGCGUCCACGCCUGCGAGGGCUGCAAGGGUUUCUUCAGGAGGAGCAUCCAGCAUAGCAUCCGGUAUAAGAAGUGCCUGAAGAUGGAGAACUGCACCGUCAUAAGGAUCAACAGGAACCGCUGUCAGCAGUGCCGCUUCAAGAAGUGUCUGGCUGUGGGCAUGUCUAGAGACUCUGUUAGGUUUGGCCGCAUCCCAAAGAGAGAGAAGCAGCGCAUGCUGCUGGAGAUGCAGAACGCCAUGAACAACAUGAUGAUGAACAACAACAGCCAGCUCCACAGUACGCUCCACGCCACCCAGAGCCCACCCUGCCCCAUGGGAGGGCUCCCCGAUGACGGCAGCUCCUCUUCACCCGCCUCUUCUUCCUCAUCUAUCUCGUCUUCAUCAGGCUCCAACCCUUCCUCACCCUGUUCCGCUCAAGACUCCAUGGAGACCAGCUCUAGCUCCACCUCUUCCUGUUCAUCGGAUAGCGGCGAUGACGAGGUUCCUCCUUCCAGGGUGUGUCACCAGGGCACAUUCGCGUACCGCCGUGAGCAGCAACAGGCCAUCAAAGAGGAACCGGAGGAGUCACCUUCGCCGGUCGCCGGGGAAACUGUGAAAGACAGGAGAGACAGCCGCAUGGAGGAACUGCAGGGGAGCUGGAACCGCGGCAACGAAGACGCCAGGGGUUACCAACCUAGUUGCAACAGCCAUCAACACCUCACCAACGGUCCCUACCGGGAAGAGAGAGUUGUUUACCAGCAGCAGCCUGCGCAGCUAAACAGCACCCCCAGUGGUAGAAUGCCAGAAGACUCCUACAGCCUCCAUCACAGGAGCCACAACACAAUGCACAAAGUACAGACCGUCUCCAAUGGUUACAGUGGACCAUCAUACAGCCUACAGGACCACAAGACAAACUUGGUCACUCCUAGUCUCUAUGUGGACCCCAGCCAGCGCAGCCAGGAGAUCUGGGAGGAGUUCUCCCUGAGUUUCAUCCCGGCCGUGCGCGAGGUGGUGGGGUUUGCCAAGAAGAUCCCGGGCUUCCGAGACCUCUCCGAGUACGACCAAGUCAGCAUUCUCAAAAACGGAACGUUUGAAGUGCUUAUGGUGCGCUUCGCUUCUCUGUUCGACAUGGCCGAGCGCACUGUGACCUUCCUGACAGGGAAGUGUUACAGCUUGGAGCUGCUGCGCUCGCUGCGGGCCGGGGAGCUGCUCACCUCCAUGUGUGACUUCAGCGAGAAGCUGGCCGCUCUGCAGCUGGACAAGGAUGAGAUGAGCCUCUUCGUUGCCGUCGUCCUCGUCUCCGCCGAUCGUUCGGGGAUCCAGGACUUGAAGUCAGUGGAGGCGCUGCAGGACACGCUGAUCCGAGCGCUGCGGUGUCUGAUCAUGAAGAACCACGCCAACGAGACUACCACCUUCACCAAGCUGCUGCUGAAGCUGCCCGAGCUGCGCUCCCUCAACAACACACACUCUGAAGAACUGCUGGCCUUCAAAGUGCACUCGUAAUGGGGCACUCACAAUAGGGCUCAUCUGACUCCUAAUACCCUCCUUCCACACUUUGAAACCAGGACUGACUUCCUCUGCCACUCCUAUACCAGGACCAAGGGGAGACCUUGGGGACCUACCGUUUGCAGUCAACCAACUCAGUGUAUUUCACCAGAAUGUAUUGAGAAGUUCUUCUUUUGGACUAUGUUGAUAGGGACAAAGGUCAAAGAAGAGAAGAUACUGUACUCUAGUCAUAGGAGAAGGCUUGAGAACUGAGCUAUUGCACAGACACUGUGUGAGAGGCUUGUUGUUUUACCAAGUUAGAGGCACCUUUCCUUUCUAUUUUUAAAUUGAACAAAUGAAGAAAUACUAUACCGGCUUUUUGAAAUGAUGAAGUGCAGAACUACUUGGUUUUGUUUGUUAAAACCAUUUAAUUACAAAGUGUAUUGCUCACGAGCAGUGUGAAUGUGAUGAUUAUACUAUCUAUUGGAUGUUUCAAACGACGCGCAAUAUCAAUUGGUCACUGUUUUCGACCCAAUAUGUUUGAUAAAAGCCCUCAAGACUCAAUGUAAACAUCUAUAUCAAAAAGAAGGCUUGAUUAAUCAGAUAAUUGCUGCAAUUGCAUGGCUAUCCUUAAGUGAACAACUUGACAUUGUCGCUCCCAACCCUCCGAGGAAGGAGUCAUUUCUUUAUUUUUGAAUUGUUCAACUCCAUUAUCAUUUUUACUGUCCUUUGUGUACAUAGGGUAUUUCAUUUGUCUGAAUAUUUGGAACAUUUUAUUUUUGCCUGUCAUUGUCAGCUGCUUCUACCACCCGUCCUUCUGGGGAGUUUUUGAUAGUACACUUUUUCAGCAACGCAACUUUGCACAUUGUGUUGUGGACUGUCGACCUCCAAAAUCUCACAUGCCAGCACAGACCCACAUCAUGUGCGCAUGAUGUGAACACGAUGAUACUGAAGUGUCCCUUAACUGAUUCCCCACCUUCCUCCCAGUGAGGAGUUACUGGGUGGUUUUGACUUUACCUCCUGGCAUUUCAGCACAGCACUGACUUUUAAAAUUGCUAUUGUUUCCCAUCUGUAGUUUUUUUUGGAAAUGUCUGUAUUUGUCUCAUUUUACUGACAAGAUUGCAGUUUGUAAAUAAAUAGUUAUGCUAUAUCUAUAAUAUAUAUAUAUGUAUAAAGUAGUAUAAAUAAAUACAAGUGAAAUUA